AUGUCUCACGUCGUCGCAGUUGCUGGUGGUUCGGGUGGACUGGGCCGAGCUCUCGUCGAUGCACUCAAGAAGAGCACAUACAAGUCCAUUAUUCUGGCUCGUCAGGUCAAUCCGUCGCUGGAGAACGCCAUUGGUGUCCCUGUGCUGCAGGCUGAUUACUCCGAUCAAGAUUCUCUUGUCCAACUCCUCGAAAGUCACAAGAUCGACACUGUCAUUUCCUGUAUCUCAAACUACGACAACAGUCAAUCCACUGAGAUUAAUCUCAUCGAAGCGGCGGAGCGAGCCAGCGUCACGCAUCGCUACAUCCCAAGCAUUUGGUCGGGGCAAGGAAAAGAGAGCCCUUUUGCAGCGUCGAGACUCGCUCUUCUCGACGCCUUGAACCAAACGAGACUAGAGUGGACAGCUAUCUUCCCUGGGAUAUUCCUCGACUUCUACACGUUGUCAGUUCCGUCGUACACGAAGAAAUCUGCGCUAGCACUUGACAUCGAGGGUAACGCCGCCGCCAUUCCAGGUGAUGGAACCUACCCAGUCUACUUCACCCACACAGCCGACCUCGCCACAUACACGACCGCUCUACUAGGACUUGACCACUGGGGGAAGAAGUAUUUCGUUUAUGCCGACAAGAUGACAUGGAACGAGAUCAUCGCAGUCGCCGAAGCGGCAAAAGGUGUCAAGUUCAACGUAGCAUACGACUCUGUCGAGAUGUUGAAACGUGGAGAGAUAACCGAGCUUCCUGGUCAUAAGGCUGUAUACGAGCAAUUCUUUGGCAGCGAGGAGGCAAAGAGCCUUUUCCAAAAGGUCAUGGCUGGAGUAGCAGUCUACAUGGCAGAAGGCCAGAUGGUGUAUGAAGGGCCAUUGCUCAAUGAGAUUUUCCCCAGCAUUACGCCAUUGACUGUCAGAGAAGCAUUGGUGGGCAACGGUAUAGUUUAA